CUUCCAACAUGGCCGUUGUUGGUCUUCCUCUAGAAGAGCCUGUCCGUCUUACUCCGCCAGCUGUAAUUUCUAUCAAGGGAAAAGUAUGCAGUAAACCACAACGUUUGAACAUUAAUUUGACUCUUGACGGCAGAAGCGACGCGACGAGGCCUCUUCACGUCAGUAUUCGUUUUGACAAACAAGUAGUCGUCUUUAACUCGAUGAAAGACGGAAAAUGGGACGGCGAAGAAACAUUGAAAACAUUUCCAUUCAAGAAGGAUUCUGAUUUUGAGCUGUGUGUCUUUGUGACUGAGAACAAUUUCGAAUUUAUCGUCGACCGGAAAUUUGUUUACGCUUACAAACAAAAACUGCCUAACAACUACUUAUUUGUACGGUUUAUAAAAUUGCACGAUACCACGGAAGAAGUUAAUGCGCCAGGAUUUAUUGUGACUUCUGUCAAGGUUGAGAAAUACAUUGAAAAGCAGACAGUGCUGUCUUUUCCUUCUCGAAUGUCAAUUUCAGCAACGUCUGAUCAUGAUUCAUGAUACGUGCUGUUCAGCUGGGGCAAGCGCUCAUCAGUCAAUUGAUUUAGUUUUCUUACUUCUUUUUUACUUAGGUGGUAACCUCUGCUUGCAUAUGGUAGAAUGUUGUUGUGAUAACUUUUUGCGUUGUAAGAUUAGAAAGUGUUGUCUGCUUUCGGUGACUGUACGUUGUAGCAUCUAGCUGAGGCACUUAUCCAUAACAUAUUGUGUUCUAAUAGACAGUAUGCAUAGGAAUGCAAUUGCAUGAUGUACUACAAAACUUC